UAUUUCAUCGACGGCCGGCAGACGGUGAAGACGUGUUUUAACGUCCGACGUCCCAUAGAAUAUAUAUCGCUGAAUCUCAAGAGGCCCGAUUAGGGGCAACUUAUCAGUUAGGAGUGAUUAAAUGUGCGAUUAGGUUUUCCGUCGGGGAAACCAGCUUAACACGUGCCCCCAUUGAACCCGUCAUCUGCAAUGGCUACCUUGGGCGCCUGGGACUACGCGAUCCUGGCCGUAGUGCUGGUCAUCUCCGUGGCCAUUGGCAUCUACUACCGUUUCGUGGGCGGCAAGCAGAGCACCACCACCGAAUACCUUCUGGCGGAUCGCUCCAUGAACGUGACCCCCGUGGCCUUUAGCCUGAUGGCCAGCUUCAUGUCGGCCGUCACCAUAUUGGGCGUGUCCAUGGAGAACUAUCAGUACGGCACCAUGUUCGUCCUGAUCAACCUGUCGUAUGUGCUGUCCACGCCGGUGGCCGCCUACCUCAUCAUUCCAGUCUUCUAUCGCCUCAAAACGGCCAGUGUGUACGAGUAUCUGGAACUGAGGUUUGGCUAUGCCACCCGAUUGGCCGCAUCGCUGAGCUUCACACUCCAGAUGGUCCUGUACAUGGGCAUUGUGGUCUAUGCACCGGCUCUGGCCCUGGAAGCUGUAACUGGACUGAACCAGGUCUUCUCCAUCGUAAUUGUGGGAGUCGUGUGCACCUUCUAUGCGACGCUUGGCGGAAUGAAGGCCGUACUCAUCACCGACAUCUAUCAGUCGCUCCUCAUGUUUGCCGCUGUCUUUAGCGUGAUUAUCUGUGCCUGGGUGAAGGCGGGCAGCUUGGAGGUGAUAUGGCGCGUGGCGCAGGAGAACGGACGCAUCAAUCUGACCAACUUUAGUGUGGAUCCCACGGAACGACACACAUGGUUCACCCAGAUUUUGGGCGGCAGUGCCACCUACCUGGCCAUCUAUGGAGUUAAUCAAACGCAGGUCCAGCGCCUGAUGGCGGUGAGGAGUUUAAGUGCUGCUCGAGCGGCCCUGUGGUGGUGCCUGCCCAUUCUUUGCCUGCUUAGCCUGAGCACCUGCUUCUCCGGUCUGUGCAUCUACUGGUACUACCGCGACUGCGAUCCUCUGCUGGAGGGACGUGUGAACUCCCGCGAUCAGGUGAUGCCGCUCUUCGUCGUGGACACAAUGGGCGAGUACACCGGCUUGGCUGGUCUCUUCGUUUCGGGAAUCUUUUGCGCCAGCCUCUCCACGAUUAGCUCGAUAAUCAGCUCACUGGCGGCCGUCACCCUGGAGGAUUACCUCAAGCCCUUGGUCAGCUGCUGCGCCAAACGCACGCUCAGCGAUCGCCAGACCUUGUGGUACUCCAAGCUGUUGUCGCUGUUCUUCGGAGCCCUCUGCAUUGGGAUGGCAUUCAUGGCGGGCUCGAUUGGUGGACUACUGCAGGCGGCACUGUCAAUCUUCGGCAUCAUUGGAGGCCCUCUGCUGGGCCUCUUCACGCUGGGCAUGUACGUGACGAAGGCGAAUGAGAAGGGUGCCAUUGGAGGGCUGCUCAUAUCGCUGGCGUUCUGCUUUUGGAUCGGAUUCGGGCAGCCAAAGCCACCACUGGUUAGCUUGGAUAUGUCCACGGCUGGUUGUCCGGUGGACAGGAGUUUUGCCAGCGACAUUUUUCUCAAGGCUGCAACAGCGUUGGCCGAGGAAGAGCAGCAUUACUUUUACCUGUACAGGAUCAGCUACAUGUGGUACGCUGCCCUAGGCUUCCUGAUUACCUUCUUUGGCGGUUGGCUGCUGUCCUGGCUGUUUGCCCUGCUGAAAUGGGAUAACAAUCGACGCAUCUACCAGGAUGCGGACUGCACGCUAAUCAAGCACGAUCUCUUUGUGCCGCCAAUAGCCAAACGCUUGCAACGGCGACAGAUGCCGCUCUUGGUGGUCACCGGCACCAGUUCGGAGAUUGGCGGCAUCACGACAGAGACUGCUACGGCGCCUCCUCGGCUGGACGAGAUCGAGUGGGAGAAACACAAGGCAGUGGCGUAGCUGAGCAUUACUUUUAUAG